AGUUUGGUAACCUUCCCAUGUUUUAUACCAAUAGAGCAUAGCCAACUGUCGAAAAGGAAGGUUCAGUGUGAAUUGUGAUCGGUGAUUUUAGUAUUUAUUCGUAUGGGAAAUAUUUUACUGCAAAUAAUGUAGAUGGACUGAAAAUAGAUGAUCACUUAUAUUUUGAAACGGCUUGUUUAAUUGAUACAACAGCGCCGUUCAGUUUCUAGAUCACCCCACAUCGUUGCCAUUCCAUCAACCGUUGCUACAUAUACGACAAGGGAGUGACCUACUGUGUGAGCAGGGAGGCUGUAUAUUCCAAAACCAGUUCGCUAGAAAAAUCCGUUAAAUUCUGAAAAGGGUUAGAAAAAUGAAGUACUUUUGCUGGCGAGUGGGACUAUUAACAUUUCUUCUGGUUAUUUCAAGAGUAGCAUAUGCUUCAGAAGACGGUAACCCAUGUCCUAAAGACCGAUUUCACUGUGGCAACAACAUUUGUAUUUCUAUGGAUUGGAAAUGUGACGGAACGUACGACUGUCAAGAAAGCCAUGCCGACGAACUCGGUUGUGAGUAUAAAGCUUGCAAAUCUGAAGAAUUCAACUGUGGAAACAACACAUUGUGUAUACCUAUCAGCUGGAAAUGUGACCAGGAUGCAGAUUGCCCAAACGGACUAGAUGAAACUGUUGAAACUUGUGCAAACCCAUGCAAAGAUGAUGAGUUUAGUUGUGGUGAUGGGAAAUGCAUUCCUAGCUUGUGGGUGUGCGAUGAAAUGAGCGACUGUUCUGAUGGCCGUGAUGAACAGACCUGUUCUGCCAAGACCUGUUCCAGCUCGGAGUUCCAAUGUACAGAUCACCAAUGUGUUGCUGGAAAUUGGCGUUGCGAUGGGGACACUGACUGUCGAGAUGGAAGUGAUGAAAUUGAUUGUUCUCCAGUUGAAGAAUGCUCUGGUGACCAUUUUAAAUGCAACAAUUCUCAAUGUCUACCUGAAAACUGGCAUUGUGAUGGUGAUCAUGACUGUGACGAUCACAGCGAUGAGUUUCGCUGUGAUAGCCUUGUACCAAAUUGCGAAAUUGAAGAGUGGAAUUGUGCUACCUCUGACCAGUGUAUUCACCUGUCCUGGCGCUGUGAUGGCGACAAUGAUUGUUUUGACGAAUCUGACGAAGUCAACUGUACUCGCACUUGUGCCAGUAACGAGUUCAAAUGUGACAACAAUCAGUGUAUCAACAGUAUUUUGCGAUGUGAUGGAGAAAAUGAAUGUGCCGAUGCAUCUGAUGAAGCAAACUGUCAAAAGACCUGUGACAACACGACUCAGUUUAGUUGCCAAACUGAAACCGGGUUUCAGUGUCUCCCUGCAGAGAAAGUGUGUGAUGGACAUAUAGACUGUUUGAAUGAUGAAGAUGAGCGGAAAUGUACAACUGGAGAACCAACCGAGUCUUCUGUUGAUCCAUGUCUGGAGCAUAAUGGUGGAUGUGCUCAAAAGUGUGUCAAGAUGUUCCGUAAUGAGUUCCGUUGUGAAUGUUUUGAUGGAUACAGAUUAGUUGGAAACAACUUCUGCGAAGAUGUUAAUGAGUGUAAACCUGAGGAUGGGAAACAGACGGUGUGUUCCCAGGGCUGCCAAAACCACAAAGGAGGGUACAAGUGUAGCUGUAUUGAAGGAUACACUCUAGAUCCCCAUGGAUUCUGUCGUGUAAAUGGUAUACGUCCUCAUCUGUUGGUGGCCAACCGCUUUGACAUCCGUACAUUGCAAGUAGACACAUGGUGGGAGCAGACUGUUCUCGAGGACCUGACCAGUGCUGUGGCAGUAGACUUUGACUAUAAUGAUGGCUACCUCUUUUGGACUGACAUCACCAAAGAACAGAUCUUCCGUGCGAGGAAAACAGCCAAUGGUUCUGCAGUUGAUGAGCAGGUCAUUGUAUCUGAUAAUGUGAAGACCCCAGAUGGCAUUGCUGUGGACUGGAUAUACAACCAUGUGUAUUGGACCGAUGCCAAGUUUGACAAAAUUGAAGUAAUGAGCUAUGAUGGCCAAAAGCGCAGAAACCUUGUCACAAAAGGUUUGGAUGAACCACGUGCCAUUGUUGUUGAUCCAUUGGCAGGAUGGAUGUACUGGACCGACUGGGGAAAGAAGCCUAUGAUUUCUCGUUGUGGACUUAACGGAAAACACCAGAGUGUUAUUGUUCAAGAAGGCAUUGAGUGGCCAAAUGGUCUUACAAUUGAUUACGUUGAUCAUCGCCUGUUUUGGAUAGAUGCCAAGUUAAAGUUGAUCAGGUCUGUUGAUACUAAUGGUGGAUCCCCCUAUACAGUUCUUCAUGAUGCCCAAAGCAUCAUUCAUCCAUUUGCAAUUACCGUGUUCGAGGAUGACCUGUACUGGACUGACUGGAAAGCUGAGUCCAUUCGUACAGUGAACAAGUUCAGGGGCGACGGAUACCACCAAGUUGCUAUUGGCCUUCACUCCCCCAUGGAUAUUCAUUUCUACCAUGAAAAUGUACAGAAAAAUGGCACCAAUCAUUGUGGCAACAACAAUGGACAGUGCAGUGAUUUCUGCCUCCCAUCUCCUCAGGGAAACAAUGUGACGGACGAUUCUGAUAAGACGAAUGGAUUCAGUUGUGUUUGUCGCAAUAACUAUAAACUUGAUUCUGACCAAAAGACAUGUGUGCCAGAUAUUGUUGACAUAUCAACCCCUACUCCAUCACCUAUACCUACUAGUACUAAUAGUACUAAGAAUACUACUGCUACUAGAACUACUGAAUCACCUAAUAAAGUUCCUGUGUCAAAUCAUGUUACUACUGCUAGACCAAAACCAGUUUCUGUAAAACCAACUACGGCAAAACCCAAACCAACUACUGCAGAACCUGUUGUUACUACUCAGGUCCCAGAAAUGACGACUCAGGGAGCCUACACCGUUAUUGUUCCUACUUCUCAAACCAACAAGACUGACGCAGGCACUCCUUCUAUACAAGAUUCCGGAGAGAAAGUUGGGCUCAUUGCUGGCAUAGUAAUAGCUGUAGUAGUCGUCGUCUUCAUCAUCAUAGCAGUUGUAGGAUUCGUCUUCUACAGGCGCUACACAAACAGGAAUAUUAAGAGCAUGAACUUUGACAACCCUGUCUACAGGAAAACAACAGAGGACCACCAGUUCAUCAUUCCAUAUGGCAACCGAGAUAAUCAAAGUAGGAGGGACAAUAGUAAUAAUCCGGCAUUACAACCCCUAACGAAACAUCCAGAGGUAUAAUGAAAGCACAAUAAUAGGGAAACAAAUUUAACACAUUGUGAUCAAAUUGGUGACACAUUGGAUUGUUGCUCCGUGACAACUCCAAAAGCAGUAAUUGUUGGAUAAAUUCCACCAAAUGCAUUAAAAAUGUGAAAAGUGACUUGUCAUCCAUUCACUUUCUUCAAGGCAGCUAUUAUUUUCAUGUGCAAGUAAUUCAUUGCAUGACAGUUCCAUGAACUGGUAUUCUGAACAAAAAUGCUACUUGAAUGAACAAACAAAAGAAUAAAACUGGGAGACAACACCACUUCAGCGGUGGCAGGGAGUUCAACUUUCUGUGGGAAUCCGGUUUGGCACGAAAUAACAGUGCUUGAACUGAUAGCUAUCGGGUAAUCUUCGGCCUUUGACAGCGAUGUAGAUACCUAUAUGGGACGAGGUAGAUACCUAUAUGGACAGACUGAUGAUGAGGUGUCAUUAUAGCCAACAUCAGAACACAUGAGUGAUGCUUACCUGACCUUGGAACACGGACAAAUAAUUAAAAAAGAGAGAGACUAUGAUCUGAACCACAACAAGGUGUGUGACUUGCACGACCUUGUGGUUUAACAUUGGAGUUGGAUGUCAAAGAAUCUGAAAUAUAUGUUCCGUAGAGGGAUUUUUUUUCUCAAGAAUUUCUCAUAAGCCCUACAACAUACCUUUUUUGUUAAGAUAUUUUGUUAUAAAACUGAAUUGUUUCUUAUGAUAGUUGAUCUGAAACUUUUAUUUGGACACACAAACGUUCUUGUGCUUGCUAGGUUACAAAAUAAUAAAUCUGAUAUGUAGUGCAUUCAAAAGUAACGGUCCUUCUCUAUUUCAUACUUGUCUUUUGACAAUGUUUUUAAGAAUAAUGCAUUUUUAAUAAAUUCAUUCUAUCGAUCAUUUCUCAUAUUAAACAGGCAUUCAAAUGAUAAAACUCGUAUUAUAUUCAGAAUUAAGCUGGAAUUUUAGGGAAGUCUAUCAAAUUUAAUGCAAAUGUUGCAUUUCAGUCCCCACCAUUUUUCUAGCAGUUGUAUCUUGACCCACCAUGAUAAUGUAUGUGCUUGAAAAAAAUCCUGAUUGCUUUAGCAUUUCAUGAAUAGGUGCAUUUCUUGUAUGGAGGGAUUCUCUUUAUUUCUCUCCUAUAUUUUCCCAUGUAUAGUGACUAUUUUUGUUGAAUGUUUGUACUGUAGUGUAUGUGGAGAUUUAUAUUUGUGCUACACAUUGUUAUUUAUUCUGGUUACAGAGAAUGUGUUUGACUUUAUUUUGUGCAAUUAUGAAAAGUUAAUUUCUUGUCAUAUUUAUUUAGAUAUCUCUGCUUAAUAAUGUUUUUCUUCAGUUCUGAUUAUACAAAAACUUCUCUGUGUAAAUGUGAUAAACAUACUAUUAUUUUCAUUUUUAGUUACCAUGAUGAGCUCUAUUAGCAAGCGUGAACUGUGAAACUAUAUUUUUGCUUUGAUAUAGGGUUGAAUUGUGUAACAUCUUUAUCAUUCUCAGCAAAAGGUCUUUGUAUUUUCAUGACUGAUUUAGCCUAUUAUGCCAAGUGCUUAGCUUGUUUAUGUACAUAUGCGAAUAAAUGUGAAUGUAUAUAUUGGUGUAAAUCUGUCAAAAUGUAAAAGUUGAAACAGAAUGCGUGUAUUGAUGUGUUACAACGCUAUAGAGUAAAUGUUAAAGUCCCUAUAAGAGACAAUGCAAGUCUGUGAUUGAUUGUAGAACUCUGAUUGAAAUUGCAGUGCUCAUCUUUCGAGAUAUUUGGGUUGUGCAGUUUCAAUAACAGAUAUUUAAUAUUGUAUGAAUGGAUGCACUUUUUUGGUGCUAUGCUUAUUUGGUCUGAAUGGGUACUACCAAGAAUGUGGACCUGAGAGAUCUAGUGGUAGGUAUCACCAAUACCUGAAGGGAGUUGCCAGGUAGAUAGUAAAACCUGUUUAUAAUGAACCCAAGGAUUCUACAUCAGUGUUUGUUGUCAUCCAUAGAGUGGACUAUAAUGAGGUUAGAAAAUGAAGUUGCACAAAAUGCAAAUUUGAUGAUUGUUCAUUUUAAAUGGGUUUUACAGCUGUAUCACACAGUAUGUUGCUUCAUCAUGUACGAUUUUUUUACUUUGUGCCAAACAUACAAGUAGAAAGAAAAGUCGACGCUUAAGUCUGUUCUGGAUCAAGUAUGUUGAGUAUAUUUUAAGCUCAUGCAGCUUUUUAUGUAUGAAAUCUGUUUGGGAAAACAUCAACAUGAAAUUCAUCAGUAUUGAACGUCAAUAUUACUAGCUUCCUGAUGCAAGCUGGGCUCAAAAAGUGUCAGAUUUUGUAAAAAUGUUGUUGUAAACCUGUAUAUAAAAAAAUUGCGUGCGUAUUGUGUAUGCAAGAAGCUUUGUAUUAUAAAGCAGUAGGUUAGAUGUAAAUAUUAGCUUGAGAAAGUAUCAAAGUUGCUAUGUAAAUUUGCUUGUACAUAGUCUGAAUGUUGUUAAAAGUUGUUCCAAAAGUGAAGGAAUGGAGGACUAUAUUAAAUGAUGAAGCGAUUGUUGAAGGGGAAAUAGUAAUCCUGUACUGUAAUCAUGGACCGAAUGAUUGUUGUUUCAUGUUUUCAUCAGAUGUGCAAGUGUGUUUGGGUUGUAGGAAAUAUACCACAGAGGGAGAGACAGUUUGAUUGCAUGUGUGAUGGUAUCAUUCCUUUCAUUCUUUUAUCAGAUGUGAACCAGUUUUUAUCCCCCCGCCCCCUUCACCAUGUCAUUGUCAGAUACUACAAGUUGAUUGGUCUUUGCUUCUCCUACAUCAAUAAAGAUUUCAGAGAAAUGAGUACAAUCGACUGGGUAUAGAAAUGGUGACAUUGUUUCUGUUCUCUACACAUCAGCACAGUAACUGCCUCUCAGCUUCAAAAGGAUGCUCUACCACACCUCCUCUGCCACAUCAACUCAGUGUACAUAUCCAUUCUCCCAGCAGAUACAGAGGUGUUCCAACGCCUCUGUCUAAACAUGCCUUUCAAACCGAUCUUCUUACUUCCACAUUGAAUCUCGUGCAUAAACACAUAAUUAACCCUUUUUCAAUGUUGGUUAUGUUUAUAUACUAUAUACAUUCCAUUUGUAUCACGCAUCGUACAGUUCAUAGCCAUUCCCAUGCUUUAUCAACCAAAGGUGAACAAAAUACAUAUAACUUUUCAUAACUUUAGUAGCUUGGAAGGUGUACUAGGCUGGCUAGUCUUGUGGUGGUUAAAUGAUGCUGACAAAUGAUGGAAGGUUUGAUACUAUCAAUUGAGAGACGAGAGAAAGUGUCUGGUUGUCAACAUGAUAAUAUUUCAUCCAUUGUGAUAGAGAAAGGACAUGGAUGUAUUUAUAGGUAAAAAAGAUGUGCAUAAAUGCAGAUUGAAUGUUGAUGUUGCUUGAAAUACAUGAUGUAAUUCAAUCGACAGAAAAUAAAAUCUUAAUAAAUAAAAAAA